UUGAAUUAUUUCCUGUAGAAGCAAAAUCACCAUCCACGUUGAUGCUAAUCAUACAGAUAUAAGAAGAGACCAUAACUACCUGCCCACAUAUCAGUUGCCUUCGCCAAUCUUUGUAGACAAGGAAAAUGAAAGUAAUCGUGUUGCUUGCCCUUGCGUUUCUAUGCUAUGCUGGACAAAUAAAAGCAGUUGGUCAAGUUGAUUUCGUAAAGGAAGGACGUCUUUUAAAAGAUUUGCUGGAGGGUAACUUUGUUGGUGAUGGGUGUACUUGUACACAAAAUUCAUGCUCUUGUUGCAAGGCUGUAACAUGGCAGUCCACAGUCUGUGGUGAUAUAAAAUUCACCUCUCAGUCAAAGGAAUUUUCCAUCGAUCUCAGUGCGGACAAAGCACCGUUAAUGAACCUGCAAGUAACAGUUGAGAAUCCCAAAGCAUGUAAAGACGUGACUGUACAAGGCCAUAGCAUCAAGGUUUGUGCAGAAAUCGCCAAUAUUAAGAGCGAACCUUCAGAGAUCAGCGGCUGCCUGAACUUGGCUGUCACUAUGAUGCAGACAGUCAACGUAGACCUCGGCUGCUUCAAGAUGCCUUAUUCUAUGGACAGAAAACUCUUAUUCUGGGGAAACAAUCGAAAAUAAAGGAAAAAAUUGGUUAUUAAAAGAGACUGGGAAGAUUAAACUUCAAAAUAUCAAGUUCUUUACCACCUGCUUUGUUCUGUUUCCAAAAAAUACUCACUGAAUGUUUUUCUUUCAAAAAAGAUGUCCACAAAGAGAUCGUGAUUUUUUAAAGAACAAUUCCUUUUCUUUAACUGUCUAUAAAGAUAACCAUAUCUGAACAAACUGUAGAAAAUAUUUUAUUGUAUUUUUUCCCCAAUAAAACUGCAUUUUCUUCCUUA